UCGUUUCGAACCUCAACCAAACAAGCAAAAGAAGACAUUCGAAACGAGACUUUCUUCAAGCUUGAACACUGAUUUUGUUAUUUUACACUCUACCCGGACCCACCUGUGAACUGCAAGUAUCUGCAAAGUUGCUCCGUGGUUGGUAGUGGAGAGAGCUUGAGGUCAUAGCGGGAUAGGGUCGGUUGCUCUUCAGUUCACUUCCACGCCUUGAAGAUGUCUCUAACAGAAGGGGCCGUUCAGGCUCUUGUUGACGGUGCUCUACCGCAAGAUUAUCCAAAUGCAGUGUUCCAGAUCGUGAACGUCAAGAGGAUAACAACAUCUACCAACCAGGAUCGUUUCAGAGUAAUGAUUUCAGAUGGGAAGGUUACAAUGCCAGCCAUGUUGGGAGCCAAUAUUGCAGCUUCAGACGAAUUGCUAAAUUCUGUUAUCUGCGCUGAACAGUAUCUGAACAACGCAAUCAAAGGAAAACGGCUGUUGAUUCUGGUCAAGAUGCGUGUUGUGAAGCCCGGGAGUGAGGUCGGUGGUCGCAUGGGCAAUCCCGUCAACCCCCACGCUUCGUCAUCAUCAACAGGAAAUGGCACCGCUAGUGCCAUGCCGGCAGCACCCCAGGGCUCAGUCGGUGCCCCGUCCAAUGGCGCAGGUGUAGGCGGUGUUCGUGCGGCGCCUAUCGGCAAUGGUGCACCCGCACCGUACAGUCACCAACAGCCAGCCCAGAGAGCAACCCAGGGAGACAUGCGUGUUUUCCCCAUUGUCAGUCUAACACCUUACCAGAACAGGUGGACUAUUCGCGUACGUCUCACGCAGAAAACGAAGAUCAAGACAUGGUCUAAUGCGCGUGGUGAUGGCCGCGUGUUCAGCUGUGACUUCUUGGACGAUUCUGGUGAAAUCCGUGCCACUGCCUUCAAUCAGGCUGUCGACAAGUUCUACGACCUCCUGGAAGUGGAUAAGAUGUACUACGUGUCCAAGGGCUCUCUGAAGCCUGCCCGCAAGGAGUUCACGUCCAUCAAGAACGAGUAUGAAAUGUACCUGAAUCAAGACACAAACAUCGAGCUGUGUCAGGAUGGAUCUGACAUGCCCCGACAGAAGUACAACUUUAUGAAGCUCUCCAAUCUGAGUGGUCUGAACAACAAUUCCUUGUGCGAUAUCCUUGGUGUUGUAAUCUCCACCGAGGAGUUGAGCUCAGUGACAGCCAAGUCGUCCGGCCAGCAGAUCACGAAGCGUGACCUGACGAUAGCUGAUGACACGGGUGUGUCUAUGCGCUGCACGCUAUGGCAGAAUGAGGCGGAAGAUUUCGAUGGUACCGGUAAUCCCAUCAUUGUCAUCAAGGGUGCUAAGAAGUCAGAUUUCAACGGCUGCUCAGUGUCAUCUUCGAUGAACUCUGCAUUAAUCGUAAACCCGGACAUCCCAGAAGCACACCAACUCCGCGGCUGGUGGUCCAGUGAAGGUCAGAGUAUGCAGUUCAACUCGGUCAGUGUUGGUGGUGGCGGCGGUGGUGGCCAUACAAACGUCUUCAAAGUCCUGUCCCAGAUUAAGGACGAGAAUCUCGGUUACAGUGAUAAGCCUGACUACUUCAGUACCAUGGCUACUAUUCUCUAUUUGAAGAAAGACAACUGUCUGUAUCAGGCAUGUCCUGCUGAUGACUGUAAGAAGAAGGUAUUAGAAGACAAUGGUGGCUACCGGUGUGAGAAGUGUGACAAGACCUAUCCGGAUUUCAAGUAUCGCCUUCUUCUCAGUUGCAACGUUGGCGACUUCUCCAGCAACCAGUGGGUUACUUCGUUCAAUGAACAAGCAGAGCUGUUCUUGGGCAAGUCAGCGGCUGAGCUGGGAGAGCUGAAAUCUAUGGAAGAAGAGUACGAUGAAGCCUUCGCUCAGGCUACCUGGAAGCGUUAUGAUGUACGAGUGCGUGCCAAAACCGACACAUACCAGGAUGAGACGCGGGUGCGCUGUGUAUGCAUGAGUGCCACUCCGGUUGACGUUAAGGCAGCAUCACGACGCCUCAUCGACGAAAUCCACCGGUUGCAGAGCCAGUAAAUGUUAACUCCUUUCUCCGUAUCCCUGUGAUUGUAUUGGCUCUGGUGAGGCUACUGGUGUUUUGCUGCACUGACUAGCUCGCUUUCUUGUAUUGGCGUGUGUCUGUGUGUGUGUGUCUGUGUGUGUGUGUGUGUCUGUGUGUCUGUGUGUCUGUGUGUGUGUGUGUCUGUGUGUGUGUGUGUGUGUGUGAGAGAGAGAGAGAGAGAGAGAGAGAGAGAGAGAGAGAGAGAGAGAGAGAGAGAGAGAGAGAGAGAGAGAGAGAGAGAGAGAGAGAGAGAGAGAGAGCGUGUGUGCGUCAUCAGAAAGGAGAAGCUGGUGUAUGCCAUUUAUCUUGUUUUUUUUGUCUCCACUCGCGUUGCAGUAGCAUGACAACACAACAAACACUACUUCUUUGAUGAUGAUGUAUCUCUUUCCUAUCCCUUCUGUUUUUAAAUAUAUUUGUGAAUAUGCAAUCUGCCAGCGUUGCGUGUAGGCUACCAGGAACAGCUGUAAUUGGUGCAUUUUUACCAUUUUGCUGAAUUUUUAAAUAACUUUUCGAUGGACUUCUUGCAGAAUCCGUGUUUUUAUGUCCAUGUUGUCUUCACAGCCUACGAUGUAUCCGAGAAAUCGCUACAAUUUAAAACUA